CCAUCUUGGCUGGCUAACGUGUCUGCGCUUGGAUUUCGAGCUGCAUUGCUGUUUUGCCGAUUUAUUUGGCGAUCAGGUUCACAUAUUCCCACGCUGACGACUAUGACGGAGACGACGCUCAAGUUUGGGCCCGAGUGGCUGCGCGCCCUGUCGCACGGCAGCGGCGGCGGCGGUGGCGGCGGACCGGGUCUUGGCUCGCCACCCGUCAGUCCCGGCUCGAUGGUGUCCAAAUACAAAACUCCCGAACACCGCUAUGGCCGCGAGGAGAUGCUCGCUCUCUAUGAGAAGGGUAUCGUGGCGCCGGACGAGAUGUCGCAGGACGGCGGCGUGUUCGUCGAAAAGUGCCAGCCGCCGGUGGCCUUCAGCAACGUGUCCGAGGAGGAAAAGAUGGCCUGGAGCUCCGGCGUCAACAGUGAGGCGGUGCUGCGGCUGACGGGCCGCGGCGGCGGGCCGGCAGCGCGCGGAGGGCGGGGCGGCUCCGUGGACAGAGGCAGAGGACGCGGCCGCGGCGCCAGCUUCGGGUUCAGAGCCGGAUACGAUGACGGCGAUGACAUGGGCUACGGCAGGCGCGACCCAGGGCCGCCCGGCUAUCUACGCGGAAAGAGCUUCGAAAGAUCGCACAGUAUGUACGACAGCGGGGAGCGGGCCGGCUGGGGUGACAGGAACGGUCUGGACGCCACAUCGCCGCGCAAGGAGCUCGGACGCGGCUCAAUCUCGGAUAACUGGCGCAGCCGCGAGCCGGCCGGCGGCGACGACCGGUGGAGGGGAAAGAUGGCGCCCAGGCCGGCCGACAAGUGGGGCAUGUCUCGGAGUGGCGGCGGCGGCAGCUGGCGGGGCGAGUCCGGUCUGGGGGCUCCCGGGCAGCGGCGCCGACCAGACGACGAGCGGCGCAGGGAGGAGCUGCCCGAGUGGGCCACGGAGUCUGGCGGGGCCGGCGGCAGUUUCGACUCCAAGGGAGAGUUCCACGGCGACUGGGGAGAGGACCCCCUCGGAGGGCACCGGGAGGGCUCCUCGGGCGCAGAGGAGCCCAAGUUUACCGAGUCGGACCGCAACCGGUCGGAGGCGAACGGUCCGCCAGGCGGCGGCAGCUCUUCUGGACCAGCUAACGCCAACAAUGACAGAGAGCCGCCUGCCGCCGAGCCGACGGGCAGCGAGGAGCGGCCGGCGCCGCCGCCAGCCGACCCUGCUCCGGCCGCGGCUCCGGCUCCCGUCCCGGCUCCCACUGCGCCGGGGCCGCCGAAGGAGCCGCCGCAGCCGCCGGCCAGCAGUGAGGCGGCCAGUAUGCAGCAGCUGCAGGAGACGGCUAAUAACCUGGUGGCCGGUCUGAUGGAGGAUGAGAAGGAGACGACGGCGGGAGGCGGGGGCGGACAGCCGGCCGCGGUGCCCGGCCAGCCGGCGGCUCCUGGGUCCGCCGUGGCGCCCGGCAGUCCCGAGCGAGACCGGCCCGAGGGCGCCGACCAGUGGUUCUACACGGACCCCCAGGGACAGGUGCAAGGCUCGUUCACGUCUGCGGAGAUGCUCGAGUGGUACCAGUCGGGCUAUUUCCGGCCCAACCUGCUCGUGCGCCGCGGCUGUGACGACACGUUCAGCCAGUUGGGGGAGCUGGAGGCGCUCUGGGGACGCGUGCCGUUCGCGCCGGGACUGACGGCGCCGCCCAUCACGAAGGCCAAGGCGUCGGCGUCCCCGGCGCUGCCGGAGCUGGACGGCAACAUGGCGGCGGUGCUGCAGCAGCAGCAGCUGCUGGUGGCACAGCAGCAGCACCAGUUCAUGCAGCAGCAGCUGCGCCAGCAGGCGGUGGCGCAGGCGCUGCUGAAACUGCAGCAGUCGGCAGAGUUUCGCGCCCAGCCGCCGGCGCAGCAGCAGCAGAUAUUGUCUCAGUACCUGAUGAGCCAGCAUAUGGCUGAGCAGCAACAGUCGAUGCUGCAGCAGGCCCCAGACUUCUUCUCUCUGCAGCAGAGUAUGCUGGGGAAGCCGGCCGUCACCCUGGCCGGCCCCGGUGUCCCGGGUAUGCCCGGCCUGGGCGCCAUACCCGGCAUCCCCGGCCUCCCCGCCAUGGGUGUGCCGGGCGCCGCGCAGAACUCGCUCCAGCACCUACUGCAACAGAUGCACCAGCAGCAACAGCAGCAGCAGUCGGCUGCCGUGCCGCCGCCGCCGCAGCCGGCCGUCAGCGAGCCGGCGCCGGCGCCCGCCAGCCGCGCCUCGGACAGCUCGCCGGACCCGAUCCAGAGUCUGAUGCAGCAGCUGUCGCGGGCCGGCCAGGCGCCGCCCGUCUCGGGCGAGUCGGUCUGGUCGGGUGGACAGCCGUGGCCGGGUGCGCCCGGCACCGGGCCCGCCGGCGGCUGGGCGUCGCGCGAGGACGCGGCCGCCGCCGCUGCUGCUGCGGCUGCUCAGCGACAGCAGCAGGAGCGGAAACUGCUGGAGGAGGCUGCUGCCCGUCAGCGGGAGGAGCGGCGCGCACUGGACGAGGCGCGCCAGAGGGAGGAGGAGCGACUGCGCUGGGAGGAAGAGCGCCGUCAGCAGGAGCAGCAGCUGGAGGAGCUGAGGCGACAGGAGCAGGAGCGGCAGCGCGCCGAGGAGCAGAGACGCCAGGAGGAGGAGAGGCAGAGGCUGGAGGAGCAGCGGAGACAGGAGGAGGAGAGGCAGCGGGCAGAGGAGCAGAGACGGCAGGAGGAGGCACGGCUCCUGCAGGAGAGGCAGCAGCAGGAGGAGAAGCGGAAGCAGGAGGAGGAGGCGAAGCGCGUGGAGGCGGCGCUUCGCGAGGAGAAGGAGCGGAAGAAGCUAGAGAAGAAGCGGGAGGAGCAGCGGAAGAAGGAGGAGCGGCAGGCGCAGGAGGAGGCGCUCCGACAGCAGCAGGAGGAAGAGCGCAAGAGGGAGGAGGAGCGUGUGCGUCUGGAGGAGGAGGAGCAGCAGCGUCUGGCGCAGGAGGCGGCCCUCCAGCGGCUGCAGGAGCAGCAGGCCCAGCAGCAGCGCGUGCAGCCGGCGCCGCCGCCGGCCCAGCCGGCCUGGUCCAGCGGCCAGCAGCCGGACGCGCCCAGCCUGUCCGAGAUCCAGCGGCUGCAGGACCGCGACCGGCGCGAGCGCGCGCACCGCGAACAGGUGGCGGCGCAGCGGCGGCGCGAGCAGCAGCUGGCGGCCACCGUGCAGCAGCAACAGCAGCAGCAGCAGAAGCUCAAGUGGGCCGCCCAGCCGGCGCCGGUGGAGGAGAGCGUCAAGUCGCUGGCGGAGAUCCAGGCGGAGCAGGCGCGGGAGCUGGCCAAGCGUCAGCAGCGUGCGCAGGCGGAGCGUCAACAGCAGCAGCAGCAGCUCACGUUCCAGCAGGCAGGUGUCUGGAGCGGCGCCUCCCAGAACCUCAGCUGGAGCAAGAUGGCAGCCGCCACGCCGGCGCCGGCCGCUGCCGCCCCCGCCGCAGCUCCCGCGCCGGCGGCCGCCCGGGCUCCGUCGGCGGCUGCCAAGGCUUCCGACUCCGCGGCGCAGCCGUCUGCCUGGGACGGCUCGGCUCGCCAGGGCACCGCCGGGCCCUGGACCGCCGCCGUGGCCAACAACAAACAAAGUACAAACUCGGCGCCCGCCCCCGGUGCGGCGGGAUUCUGGGAGCCGGCGGCCGCCACCGGCGCCGGCAAAAAGGGUAAGGGUCAGCCGACCGGCCAGCCGGCGGCGGCGCCCUCCAAGAAGAAGGCGCAGCGCAACAAGGCCGAGCAGCAGGCCGUGAUGAAGCUGUUUGUGCAGGAGGAGCCGGCCGAUGACGGCUUCCACGCCUGGGCCACGGCCACGCUCAAACGCAUGAAGGCUGACGUGGAUGUGCCGACGUUCAUCGGUUUCCUGAAGGACGUCGAGUCGCCGUUCGAGGUCAAAGACUACGUGCUCUCCUACCUGGGCGAGAACAAGGAGGCCAGCGAGUUCGCGCGCCAGUUCCUGGAGCGCCGCAGCCGCUGGAAGAACGCCACCAAGCGGGUCGAGAGUGACGACAUGUACGGACCGGCGCGGGCCGUCAACCCGGCCUCGAACGAGUUCCAGGAAGCAAAGCCAAAGGGUCGCAAAGGCAAGAACAAGAACCGGGCGGUGGACAACAGCAUCCUGGGCUUCUCGGUGACAUCCGCCGAGGGCCGGCUGAACGUCGGCGAGCGAGAGACCAUCAACUGAGCCGGCGCGGCGCGCGGCUCGAUCGGCUGUGGCCGGCCGACGCGGCUCAGGGAGGCGGCGCGGGCGGCCCAGGGGCGCCACUGGCCUCUGUGAUAGUGCCGGUCGGAGGCGGCCGGUGGGGCCGGCACAGCUAGUCAGGGCGCGCCCCGAGCCCCGCGGCGCUGCCCGUGUGACAGGGAGAGGGAGGGAGAGCACGCGGGGUGGCCGGCAGCCAGAUGCAAGGUCCAGGUAUGAGUGUUUUAUAAUUUUAUAUGCGUCGAAUUAGUCCUUGUUUCCCGCGCGCGUGUUACUGAAAUUUUAGGGUGGCUCAGAUGGUCGUGUGGGAGUGGUUGUCGGCAAGUGGAGUGUUUGUGCUGUUCAGAGACGGCCAAUAUUUGGCUGUAAAAGUGGUCUGUGGUUGCGAGUGUGUGCCUGUGGGAUCCCGUGUGCGAGAAGCCUAGAGCUCCCACAAACUGUGAGCCAACAUUGUGUGAUAGAAAUGAAUGACUGGGCAUAAGGAGCGUCUUGCCGUGCGAUAACUGAACGACGAAGCGUGCAGGACGCCGGAUUCAUCUCAAGGACUUGUUGCUCGCGAAGGUGGAAGUGCAUAAGAGUAUUUAAGUAUGUGCCAACUGUGACCUGAAGAGUGCUAGUGCGGGGCGGCGCGUCUUGUGACAGGGACGCUGCGUCGAGAGCGGUGCGAUCUGCGUUCAACACUGUGCAACUGACUGAGUGAUAGACCGCCAGCCUGCGGGCCGGGGCGGACGGGUGUUGUGCGCGCGGCGGUGUGUGGGCCCUGCUCAGUGAUGGUCCGGACGGAGCGGCGCGCCUGGCCGAGGGAUGCCUUAGAGAGGCCGCCCGGCGGACGGUGUGUCGGCCACAUUUUGUAGAAGGCGCACGACGCAGACGCCGGGCGGCGGCGGACGUUGGUGAAUAAAGGGAGACGGAGA